AGAAGAAGAAGAAGAAGUUUCCGGUGCACCAGAUAGGCAUUUAUCAUGCCUACUGCUGUGAUUAUGGAAGAAAACUUUGAUAAAUUAUUAGAACAGUGUGAGGCUCAGGAGCUUGAGGCUCCAGGUGGCAUCGCAACACCUCAAGUCUACGCUCAGCUGCUGUCUCUCUAUUUACUUCAUAAUGACAUGAAUAACGGCAGGUAUCUCUGGAAAAGGAUUCCCCAAGCAAUCAAAUCUGCAAAUCCUGAAUUAGGAGCUAUUUGGGCAGUCGGCCAACGCAUAUGGCAGCGGGACUUUCCGGGGAUCUACACGACCAUCGCAGCCUUCCAGUGGACAGAGAAUAUACUUCCUGUCAUGGAAGCACUUCAAGAAAGCACGCGGCAAAGAGCGUACAGUCUAGUGGCCCAGGCCUACACUUCAAUAACAGCAGAAGACUUUGCAGCCUUUGUGGGGUACUCUGUGGAGGAGGCAGUCAAGGGUGUAGUGAGCCAGGGCUGGCAGGCAGACCCUGCUACCAGGAUGGUGAUGCCCAAAAAACCAGAUCCUCCCCCUGUCUCAUUGGUUCCAAAUGAGCAGCAGUUGGCUAGACUCACUGACUACGUGGCUUUCCUCGAGAACUGAUAACCCGCUACAAUUACUGCCGCCCAUCUCUUUUUUUGAGUGCUCGGUACCGAGGGAGAACACAAGUUAGGUCAAACACUUCCCUCCUCCUUCCUCCCUGAUAAAGACGACCCAGAAACGCCCCUUCGUCUUGCAUGAAUGCUGCAAGCUCUUCUCCAAGACCUGCCAAUUUAUGUUCAUUGACUUACAUAGAUUUCCCAUGUUGACACACGAGUAUACACUUGGUU